AUGAGCACUCGGCCAGUCAUGGGAGCCAACAUUGUCUAUGGAAGUUUAUCAAUUAAACGUGGUAAAACUGUAAUUGGCAAAAACGGAACGCGCUUGCGCGAGUCUAAACAGCGGGUGAACGCGGUGCGGUGCGGAGCGGAGGGUGGCAAGGCCGGGGUGAGGUGCGCAGAGCGAGAAUUCGGUGGCGCGCACAUAUGCGCCGGUGAAGUUCGUCGAGGCCACACACUUUUGAAACAGGUACAAGGGCAACAUUUCUCAAAUUGCAGAUUC